UUCUCGUUUCUCUCUUUCUCUCCCCAAACCCCCCCUCAGGCGAAUAUCCUCUACCAACGCCAUAUCUCCGCAAAGAAUCUUUCUACUUAUGUAUGAACGGAUGGGCCUCUGCAGGUGAAGAUAUAGAUAGAGACACAAGAGAGAUUAAUGGGUCAGAGAGUCCCAAUUUUUUGAGACCCACCAUCCCACUUAAGGGUGCCCCCAAAUUUCUCAGACACUGAAAAAGAUAGAAAAAGUGUAAAGUUGUGGUCUUGGAGGCUGCCGGGUUAGGUCUUAACUUACUUUUCCUCCACUGUAUGAUUCUUAUAUGCAUGGGAAUUGUGUGUUUGGUGCAUACGGUCUGUUGAUUUAGUUCCUGUAGUAGUGGGUCUCUUUACUUUCAUCUCCUUUAUCUAUUCGCAUCUCGAUCAUUUUGAUAUUCUUCAUAUUUCAAAUUCAUUCAGAGUCAAGAAAAGUCCCAAACUUUGGGAUGAUUUCGUUUAGGGGCGUGUGUGAUUGCUUGACAUCCUUCAGAUAUUUGGGAUUUGGAUGGUGAUUUUGGAUAUGGGUUUUGGAAUUCUUGGUGGGUUAUGAAUCAAUUUGGUGAGCUUAGAAGGUAGUUCUGAAGAAUUGGGCUGGGAAAGGAUGGGUUUUGGUCAAUGAUUCCGAUUAUAGAGAGUAUGGGGGUUUUGGGUAUGAAGAGGCACUUGGGUAUAAUCUAAUUAGGUUUCUGGACUAUGAGCUGCGGGAGUGAGAAGAGCAGAGUAGGAGGAGGAGGAGAAGAGGAUGAAGAAUAUGAGAAAACCAAAGAGGAAGAGAAAUAUGACAGGAAUUUUGGUGAUCGAGAUUCGGUUGUCGGGUUAUCAUUGAAUGGACCGAUCCUAGACUCGCAGCAACUUUCUAUUGACGAGAGAGUGCUGGUUGACCCAAAACUGAUUUAUAUUGGAUCCAAAAUUGGCGAAGGAGCUCAUGGAAAAGUCUACCAAGGAAGGUAUGCGGAUCAGAUUGUUGCUAUAAAAGUUCUUAAACGCGGGGAUACCACCCAAGAAAGGUCUGCGCUGGAAAGUCGAUUUGUGAGGGAAGUAACCAUGAUGUCAAAGGUAAAACAUGAGAACCUUGUGAAGUUUAUCGGGGCUUGUAAGGAUCCUUUGAUGGUUAUUGUGACAGAGCUACUACCAGGAAUGUCCCUCAGAAAGUAUCUAGCCAGUCUUCGUCCAGGAAAGCUGGACCUUCUUGUGGCACUAAAUUUUUCCCUUGACAUUGCGAGGGCAAUGGAGUGUUUACAUGCUAAUGGGAUUAUACAUAGAGACCUAAAACCCGAUAAUUUAUUGCUCACAGCCAACCAGAAGUCUGUGAAGCUUGCAGAUUUUGGGCUUGCAAGGGAAGAAACUUUGACUGAAAUGAUGACUGCCGAAACUGGGACAUAUCGUUGGAUGGCACCGGAGCUGUACAGCACGGUGACUCUGCGUCAAGGAGAGAAAAAGCAUUACAACAAUAAAGUCGAUGUCUACAGUUUUGGCAUUGUCCUUUGGGAAUUGCUAACAAACCGCAUGCCAUUUGAGGGAAUGUCGAAUUUGCAGGCUGCUUAUGCCGCAGCUUUUAAGCAAGAGAGACCAAUACUUGGAGAAGAGAUUCCACCCGAUUUAGCAUUCAUCAUACAGUCAUCCUGGGUUGAAGACCCUAACAUGCGGCCAAGCUUUGGUCAGAUCAUUCGGAUGCUGAAUGAAUAUCUGCUAGCGCAUGCAUCCCCUCCCACAUCUAGCAAUGACGCCGUAGUUGAGUUUUCAACAAGAGGCAAAGGUAAAUUCUCCUUUUUUCGCCAGCUUUUUGCUGCGAAAAAGGCUAAAAACUCGCAAUGAGGGAGACAUCCAUGAUGAUGAAUUGAUGAUGAUGAUAAUGAUCAUUAACCAAUAAUAAAAAAAAUGAUAGAGAAAAAAAAUGGUUCCUACCAGUUAAGUAGUCUUCUUGAGAUGAUGACUCGGCCGUUGUAUUGUAAAGGAAAUGCCGGUUCAAGUCAUACUAGCCAUGUUUGGCGGCACUCAUCUCUUAGCCGUUGGAUGUUUGUGUCAGUCUGUGUGUCAUAAAUCUCAUUGUGUUCAUAUUCCAAAUCUAAUGGAAUUUUAUGUCUACAAAUCUCAAUGGGGUUUGUAAGUAGUCAAUCGAUUUGUUUGCAUUUGAGAUAUUUCUAUUUUAUUGUUUGGGGUAACAUUUGCUUCUCUUGUGGACGUGGGUAACUAAGUUCGCGGAAUUUGUCCCACU